GAAAGCUUAUCGCUCACCUGACGAUUUCAAUAUCUCAAACAAUAAAAAUGCUAUAAAAUUGAAAUAAGUAGUGAUAUUUCCGUCAUGAGAGUUGCAUUACUUGCAUGUAUUAUUUACAUAUUUAUAUAUGAAUAUUCUUGUUAUAACGAUGUUCACCAACAGAAGUAUCCGAUAUUUUAUAAAAACAUUAAAAUAUUCAACCCUGGAAAAUAUGCCAAAUUAAAAUAUCAUCAAAAAAAUAGUCCAGGAAAAAUUAAUAAACCUGAAUUAUACACUGCUUUUAACCGUAUGUAUGACGUUGCAACUCCAAAACAUCAUGGUAAUGUAUUUGUUGAAGUAGAUCAUUUACAAAAUCAACCCAGAGUAAAGAAAAUCCUUGGCGAUUAUGGAGGACACGCUAUUCAUAAGAGGUCAGUGGAUAUACCUGAAAAUAACAAUGACACACGUAGGAAAUCCGGAAGAAAUAAUAAUAUAAACAAGAAAAGUCGACGUGAAACUGUGCAUAAACGUAAAAUCAAAAAGCGUAAAAGAGUUGCAAGGAACAGAAACGUUACACAAGUCCACAAACAUAAGAUGUUAAGGAAUGAUGAAAGACGUAAACGGGAUAAGAAAAUUGGAAGGGCGAAAGAAAAGAUUAUAAAACGUAAAAAGUCAAGCAAAAGUAAGUCAUUGAGACAAAAAAAAUCUAAGAGAAGCCGCCCUAGGGCCAAAAGUGUAGAUAAAAGCAAAACUUUGAAAAAUCAACAAAAAGAUAAAACCGAUAUCCGUGUUGUAAAAGCGGUGGAAGACGGCAGAAGACUGAUAGCAGCGAGAGACGCUAGAAUCGAAGACUACCCGUACGUGGUGUCCAUUCAGAAGUCUGGAGAACAUUGGUGUAGCGGAGCACUACUCAACCAACGCCUGAUUGUCACCACUGCUAACUGUAUCUGGAAGUCACACCGUGUAAGCCGUAUGAGGGUGCGAGCUGGUAGCAGAUACUUAGACCGGGGAGGUCAAACCGCCAGGAUACAGGAGGUAAUGAGACACCCUGACUGGAGCAUCCGUAGGAACCCGGACUGCGACGUGGGCUUGGUGCUAUUGGAUCGAAAUAUCAGGUUUUCAGACACUGUGCAUGGUGUUGACUUACCGAAUAAUGCAAUGCUACCACCGUUUGAUGACGCGUGGGUUACGAGUUGGGGCGCUGAAAGGCGUGACGGUAUCUACGUAUCUCGUCCAAUGACCCUGCAGGUGUUUCAUACGCGGCUCUUAGAACACGCCAAGUGUAACAACGUCACUGAGAGGUUCGGGGUCACUGUCACCAAUAACUUUUUCUGUCUGUCACAGACAGGAAGAAGGGCUCCAUGCACGAGAGACACCGGGGCACCAGCAGUUAGUGAUGGUAUAUUAUGGGGUGUUGCCUCCUGGGGCAUAAGGAAACUGUGUGGAACUGAAAGAUUCCCAGCGAUGUUCUCCUAUCUAGCGUCCAAGUCUAACCUGGACUUCUUAACUAACGGCACACAGAUCCUGAUGUCGGAUAAACGUCACUAUCCUUACCCAGACAAUCUGUUCAACAACAGAGCUGAAACCACACCACGUUCAACGACAUCCUAAGCAAACCAGACCUGACCUAUCCUAUAAAUGAAGAAAGGCCGACUAACGGUAUAUGAAGAUUUAGAAUAAAUUCGAUAUGUUAUAUAAA